AUGGUUUAUUUUAAGGGCCUUUUGGCUGGGUAUUGGCUAUUUUCAGCAAUUCAUGUUUCUGUCUUUGCAAACGAGGGCGCAACACUGAUCGCCAACAUCGACGAUCCAGAAGCUAUUGAUGCCCAGACGACUUGUCCAGGAUAUAAAGCAUCCAACAUCAAGAACACCGAUUCUACCUUCGAAGCUACAUUGUCAUUAGCUGGUUAUUCAUGCAAUGUGUACGGCACCGAUGUCGACUCAUUGGAUUUUAUCGUUGAGUAUUUGCAGGAAGACUUGGCAAAAGUCUCUAUUACACCUACAUACCUUGACUCGUCGAAUGACUCGUGGUUCAUACUUCCAGAUUACCUGGUGCCACCGACAAAGGCGAACAAAUUGAACUUCAAGCGCAGCUAUGUUACUCAAGAUGAAAACCAGAUCACAUUCGGAGAUGCGUUUUCAAUCGAGUGGUCGAAUGAGCCUUCGUUCCAGUUUAAGUUGAAACGGGUGUCUAAUCAGGAUGUCAUUUUUGAUACAUUCAAUUCUGUUCUGGUUUUUGAGAAUCAGUUCAUCGAGUUCGUUACGGCUUUGCCGGCAGAUUAUAAUAUCUAUGGGCUUGGGGAGCAUAAUUUGCAAUCGCGACUUUUAGAAAAUUUGACACUAACGCUUUAUGCAACUGAUAUCCCGGUUCCGAUCAAUUCAAAUCUUUAUGGAUCUCAUCCUUUUUAUCUGGAUACUCGAUACUUCGAACUCGAUGAUGAUGGAAAUCAUAUUCCCGUGGCAAGAGAUCGGGCUGAUCAAUCCAAGAACUACGUUUCCUACUCACAUGGUGUCUUUUUCAGGAAUACCCAUGGCCAAGAAAUUCUUACUCAUACUCAAAGGUUGACUUGGCGCUCUCUCGGUGGAAGUAUUGACCUGACUUUCUAUCUUGGUCCUUCUCAGGAAGAGGUCACGAAAAGCUAUCAAGUCAAUACUGUUGGUCUUCCUGCUAUGCAACAGUAUUUUACAUUUGGGUAUCAUCAGUGUCGCUUUGGAUAUCAUGACUGGUCUACCAUGGAUGACCUUGUAUCUAAUUUCGAAAAAGCUGAGAUUCCUCUUGAGAACGUUUGGAAUGACAUCGAUUACAUGAAGAAAUUCCGCGAUUUCACUAAUGAUCCGGUAAACUUCGGUUAUGGCGAGGGUAAAGACUUUCUGAAUAAGCUUCACGAUGGUGGUCGUCAUUAUAUCCCCAUUGUAGAUGCGGCUAUCUAUUUUCCAAAUCCUCACGAUGAGAAUGAUAAAUAUGACACAUACACCCGUGGUGCUGCAGAUGAUGUAUUCUUAAAGAAUCCUGACGGAAGUCUCUAUAUCGGCACUGUCUGGCCAGGAAACGCGGUAUUUCCUGACUGGCAUAGUCCCAAGACCGGCGCUUUCUGGGCAAAUGAGCUUGUAACUUGGCACGAGGAAAUUGUCUUUGAUGGAAUCUGGAUUGACAUGAAUGAGCCUGCAUCCUUCUGUGUUGGGAGCUGUGGGAGCCAUGAUCGAGACAUGGAUCACCUUCGGUCUCCCUCUACACUGCUAAGAGGACAGAGCGAUGGACUCCAAAAUUACUUUGGUGGAUCUGAUCCGACAAAUAUGACCGAUUCUGCAUCAGAAGAAAGCGCCAUAGGACCAUCAGCAUCGUCUGCUUUUUUCCUCCGCUCUACCCCUACUCCCGGGGUGCGUAAUGUCAACUACCCGCCCUAUGUCAUCAAUAAUGUUCAGGGUGGUCAUGACCUAGCAGCACAUACUGUGUCUCCCAAUGCUACACACUUUGAUGGCAUCCAAGAGUAUGAUGUGCACAACAUCUAUGGCUACCAACUUCUCAACGCCACAUACUACGGUUUACUUGAAGUGAACUCAGCCAAACGUCCUUUCAUAAUCGGCCGAGGGACUUUUGCAGGGUCUGGAAAGUGGGCCGGUCACUGGGGUGGUGAUAACUGGUCCACAUGGGCAAACAUGUUCUUCUCUAUUCCACAUGCGCUUUCCUUCUCGCUUUUCGGAAUCCCAAUGUUCGGCGUUGAUACAUGUGGCUUCAACGGUAACACAAACGAGGAACUCUGUUCCAGGUGGAUGCAGCUAUCUGCAUUCUUCCCAUUUUAUCGAAACCAUAACAACAUCAAUGCUGUUAGUCAGGAGCCAUACCGAUGGGCAUCUGUCACCGAUGCCUCUAAAACCGCGAUGAAGAUUCGCUACGCCAUUCUUCCCUACUUCUACACCUUGUUCCAUCUCGCCCACACCACUGGCUCAACCGUUAUGCGCGCUUUAGCCUGGGAAUUCCCAAAUGACCCUUCGCUAGCCGGCAUUGAUGCUCAAUUUCUACUUGGGCCUUCUAUUAUGAUUAUUCCCGUCCUCGAACCACAAGUAGAUCACGUCUGUGCAGUCUUCCCAGGAAUCCAACAGGGUGAAGUCUGGUAUGACUGGUAUAACCAGACUGCCAUCUCUGCUCAGCCCGGCAUCAACACUACCAUCUCCGCCCCUCUAGGCCAUAUCCCCGUGUACCUACGUGGAGGAAGCAUUAUCCCAACGCAGGAACCCGCCUUGACGGUUCGAGAUGCCCGAAAUUCCGAAUGGUCUCUUAUAGCUGCGCUAAGUUCAAACGGCACAGCUUCGGGACAAGUCUACCUCGAUGAUGGGCAGAGUGUUAAUCCCGAAUCUACCUUGGAUGUUUUGUUCGAGGCGACUCAGCACCGUUUUACCAUCUCGCCUCAGGGGGAUUGGAAGGAGUCUAAUAAGCUUGCUAAUAUUACUAUUUUGGGUGCGACGCUUCCUGUUGCUUCGGCGAUGAAUGGUUAUGGUGUAUCGGUUAAGGCGGAUGGUCGGGAUCUUCCUCCUGUGUCAGCGAUUUAUGAUCCUAACUCACACAUUUUGUAUAUUACUAAAUUGCAGAGUAUGACUCCAGAUGGAGCGUUCAGGAAGGGAAUUGUUCUUGAGUGGUAG